UUUCCCUCUCUCCCAUUCUGGAGAGGGAGCCCAUUCUACUGUCAAGCGGCUCUUGCUGUUAGAAUGUUCUUCCUGAUGUUUAGUUGGAAUCUUUGUUUCUUGAAGGCGUUGGUCCGCGUCUUACCCUCCAGAGCAGGAGCAAACAAGCUUGUUCCCUCUACUAUGUGGUCUAUUUAGCUCAACUGACUGGCAGGGGUUCUUCAUGAUUUCAGAAAGGAGCUUUGCCUAGCCCUACCUAGAGAUGCCACCGGGGAUUGAACCUGGGACCUUUUGCAUGAAAUGCAGAUGUUCCACCACUGAGCCAAGCGCCUUCCUGUCAAAAGUGUGAGGGGGAAGGCUGGGCCGGGGGGGGGGGGUCGUGUUGUGCAUCAAUUGGACACAAGUAAAAUGGUCCCCAUCUGUAUUUUAAAGAUCUAAGAGCCUAUAUUUCCACACUGCUGUAUGUUUUGUGAUUCUAAAUCUCUGCUGGGCUUCUCUCACCAACAAAUACUUGCACCAAACCUUGUUCUUGCCAUCCAGGAAUUCUUUCUAUACACUUACAUUUUGCACCAACAGAAUUAACAGCAAGACUUUCAAAAAGUUAAAAUAAUAAUAGACUAAAAACAGAUUAAAACUCCUACCAACUUUCUAAGCACCUGGGCUGGCAUGCCUGAAUGAAAACGUUUGACGCAGGCACUGAAAAGUGAAGGCGCCUGGCCUGAUACAUUCUCUUUUGCUCCCUAAAAAAUAUUGAGGAGCCAUAGCUGGCUUCUUGAGAGAGUUGGUUGCCGCAUGUCUAUCACCAGUGAUCAGAAAGGCUGCAUCUUCCAGAAGGGUUUCCUACUGCCUGCCCCAGGGUUUAGGGUGUGCACAUUUUCUCCACCUUUGAGUUACAGGAUACAGCCUCAUACGAGUCGAAGUGGUACAGCGAGUUACUUUCAUUUGUUUUAUUUCGUAAAAUUUAUAUACCACUUUGACUGUAGGAAAAAAUAUCAUAGAAUCAUAGUUGGAAGAGAUCACAAGGGCCAUCCAGUCCAAGCCCCUGCCAAGCAGGAAACACCAUCAAAAGAGGUUUACAAAAAAGAGAACAUAAACAUCAUUUUUAAAAAAUCAGCUGUAAUUUUUAAAAAGUAAAAGCCACAAUAAAAUAGACUAAAACAAAUUAAAACUCAUUCAAACUUCUGGGUAGGAAUGACUUCCGCAGGCGCCAAAAAGAACAGUAAUGACUCCUGCCUGAUAUCAAUCGGCAGGGAGUUCCAAAGUGUAGAUUUAUUUACAAUCAGGUUCUUGCAAAUGCAGAACGGGGCCAGUUUUGCCAUUCAAGUGGUCGACUGGGUGCAGGUGGGGCAAUCCGACCUCGCAAGCAAACUGGUCCCAAGUUGUUAAGGGCCUUAUAUGCCCUCAAGUAACACCUUGAGCUUGGCCAGGUAGCAAGCAGGUGGACCACCGCUGCAGACCUCUGUGAGCUUUGAGCAAAUGAAGGCGCCCAGAAGGGCUUUUUUUCCUCCUUAAAAGCUUCAAGGGAGGAACUUCCACAUCCUCUUGAAGACGAGCCAGCUUUGCAACCUCACGAUUGCAGCGGGAGGCAGGGAGGCGUGCAGUGGGUGGGUGGGAUCUGGUAUCGGAGCACCGUGCAGGGGCUGGUGCAUAGCUGCCAAGUUAUCCCUUUUUUUAAGGGAAAUUCCAUUAUGCCGAAUAGGCUUCCUCGCGAGAAAAGGGGAAACUUGGCAGCUAUGGGCUGGUGUGCGGGGAAUAAUCCCUGCUUGCCUGGAGGAAGGAGCAGGCUCGCUCUCCGCCUUGAGCUUGCGUGCAGCCUGGUUUCUGGUUGGCUGAUCCCGGAGGAGGCGGAAGAGAAGAAUCGCUCCCUGGCAGCUGCCCAGUUUGCGAAACCAGCUGCAGGCAGAGAAGGGAGAAGGCGGAUUGGAGGUCCUGCUGCGAUCAGGAGUUCAGGACUGCUCACGCACCUGGCAGCAGGGAGACAGAGAAGGCGAAUUCAAGAUGGGCAAGUACCACAUUCGCAGGUAUGAAGAUCGGGACUACGAAGCCGCCCGUACCAUGUUCUCCCGGGGCAUCAACGAACAUGCUCCUGCGGGUUUCCGGCAUGUUCUCUCUAGCCCCCGGACCCACCUGUUGCUCCUGGCCGUGCUCCUCACAACCUACCUGGGCUCCUCUUCCCUCCUCCUUUCCCUUGGUGCCGUGGCUACCCUGUUGGCCGUGGGCUGGAUUUUAAUGAAGGGCUUCUGGGCGGAGUACGUGCAUGAGGCCCUCGCCAGCGACAUGAAGGACAUCCGCCAGGCCUACCUGGUGCCCAAGGACUGCAACUUCUGGGUGGCAGAGGCUGGCGGCGAAGUGGCGGGCAUCGUCGCUGCCACCCACCCGGAAGACCCGUCUCUGCGUGGCAGGGCACUGGAGCUGAAGCGCAUGUCUGUGGCAAAGGAGCACCGGGGCCACGGACUCAGCAAGGCUCUCACGAGGACGGUGCUCCUCUUCGCCCAGGAGCACGGGUACAAGGAGGUGGUGCUGGGCACCUCCAUGGUGCAAGUGGCGGCACAGCGGACGUACGAGGGCUUGGGCUUCCGCAGAGUCAAAGAGAUAUUCCCCACCGUCCUCUGUAAGCUCCUGCGGUUCUACAUCUACAUCUACCGCUACGAGAUUGGAGGAUCUCACUGACGCCGGCAACCCAGGGACCAGAGGGGACCUGCCUCGCCUCAUGGAGGAAGAGACUGUGGCCUGUUUGCAGACAGGUGCCAACUAGGGAUGAGGGAGAUAGUUGAUCCGAUGAGUCUUAAAAUUGAGCCUACCUAACAUGCACUGAUUUGCUCAAAUAUGCACAUACUAGCAACUG